AAGCUUUCUUGUUCAUUGUUUCAAGAUUUCACUUUCCAUUUAUUCUCCUUUUGUCCGAUUGCUUUUUCUUUACCUUCUGGUGUAAAAUAUUCCUUAUCCAUCCUUUCUUUUCUUCUUUGGUUCAAGCGAAUCUCGACAAAAGCCAGCUCUCAAACGGGCUUUGCGAGUUAUCUUUAGUUCACCAGAUUUUCCCAAAGUUAUCAUAUGAACUAAUUUCGGUGUGAGUUUUCUAAAUCAAGAAACCAUUUCUUGAUUUUGACUUUUGGUUUCGUUUCAGUGAUCUGUUUUUCUUGGUAGACAAAGCAAACUUUCAAACUUUAGUUAGGGUUUCCAUCCCUUGAAAGAUCUCAUUCGUGGGAUUCGAUUUUGUGAGCACAAAUUAAAAUGGUAAGAGGAAAGAUCCAGAUCAAGAAGAUCGAGAACACUACAAGCAGACAAGUCACGUUCUCUAAGAGAAGGAAAGGUCUCUUUAAGAAGGCUCAUGAGCUUUCUGUUCUUUGUGAUGCCCAAGUCGCAGCAAUAAUCUUCUCUCAGAAGGGAAGAUUAUAUGAUUUCGCCAGCUCCGAUAUCCAGAAGACGAUCAAGCGAUAUGCCGAGUAUAAGACAGAGUAUUUCGUUGCAGAAAGUCACCCCAUGGAGCAAUACGUGCAGGGACUAAAGAAAGAAAUGGUAACAAUGGUGGAAAAGAUUGAAAUGCUUGAAGUGCAUAACCGGAAGUUGAUGGGGCAAAACCUGGCUUCUUGUUCGGUGAAAGAACUUCAAGAGAUAGCCACACAGAUAGAGAAAAGCCUUCAUAUUGUUAGAUCAAGAAAGGCUAAGUUAUAUGGAGAUGAAAUAGAGAAACUAAAAGCUAAGGAGAGGGAGCUCAAGGACGAGAGAGUCAGGCUUUGUGGAAGGGUUGGAGAAAGACCAAUGGGGACGCCAUCAAGUAGCAAAGAGAAAGAGGAUGUGGAAACGGACCUAGUUAUCGGAUUUCCGAAGAGCCGACGGUAACAUCUUUCUUGUUCGUUUAACAUGAUUUUAGCUACUUAUUAUCUCAAUUAAUGUCUGUAAAUCAAUAAUGUAUCAAUCACAUUUAUUUAUAUAUAAACCCAAAAUAAUGUGUCAGAGUGUACUAACUAUACUUUUCUUUGUGGAUGUAUGGUUUAAUUACUUAUUUCUUUA